AAGCAAGACAACUCUCACCAUGAUUCCAUCAAUCAAGUCUACCCUUGUCGCAGCCGGCCUCGCCUCCAUCGCCGCGGCAAACCCUCUCCCUCAGGCGGGCCCUUCGGGCGGCGGCACAAUAACCAGGCCACCUCCCCGAUGGCGCCUCAAUCCCUACCCCGAAUACACUUCCUACUGCACAAGCACCUCGACUAGGAUCUGGAAGCAAGAGCCCAUACCCAUGCCGCCGCCAGAUGUCAUCACCGUCACUAGAUACAAGAAGCUGGAGCAGGAGCUGGUUCACAAAGCGCUCGACUGCGGCGGUUGCGCCUAUCUCGAGCUCGCAAUGCACGUCACCAAGUUUGACCACCCACAUCCGGGGUAUAUCGGCCCAACCGACUUCAAGUACGUCACAAAGGAGCUCAAGUCGACAAUCACCUAUACGCACGUUCACUGCUCUGGAUGGAAGGUUCCGCCCCCACGACAUCAGGAUGCGAAGAAACGCGAGAUCGGGGGAGGGGCGGCGGACGAGUUGAUGGAGUAUGUCGAUUUCGAGAAUGACUCGGGCGUCCUCUUUCAAGGAGAUGGGGAUUGCACUGCUAGGGUCUUGCAGGUGCCUAAGCUGAACAUCGGCCCUACUCGCACAAUCUUCACCACCACCACCACCACCGACAGGAUUGUCAACUGCGGCACUUGUACCAACAACUCGCCCAUCCCUAUCCCGCUCGGCGUGCCUCCAGUCGCUGUAUUCAAGACGACAAUCACAGCCGUGGAACCAUAUACAGAAACAGAGCUCGUAUGCGGCACCCCCACGACUAGCACUUCGAUUGAAGAACCUGCCAAAGCGACUGCCACCACCUCUGCCAUAAAUACAAUCACAAAGGAGAGUAUCACCACCGUCACUGUAACUAAAGCCUCUGCAGAGAGCAUCGCCGCCGCGGCCUCGGCCUCGGCCGCUAUUGCCUCAUCUUAA